UGGAGCCUUUUAAUUCUUGCCUGAUGCAUCAGUUAAAUUUAUUUUAACAAAUACAUUUCCCCCUGAAAACUGUCUAUUUAAUAUAAAACCAGGCCAAGAGCUCAACAUGUCCUAACAACAGUUGAACAGAGAAGAAAUUCUGGUUCCUGGGAAACAAAACCCUGAAGACACACAAAUCAGGUCAGUAUAUCAUGUAUUAAGUACAGAUCCUGUUUUUUUUUUUCUUUCCCCUAGCGUCCCAGUCAUAUUCAGAAGAACGAUGGUUAUUUAUACCAUGUGACCUUCCAUUGAAUGACAGAUAUCUCAGCUGUCCUGCACCGACCAAUAUGCGUUCUAUUUAUACUUGCUCCACGGGUCCAUGAAUACUGUCUCCCUCUGACGACAUGCUCCUGCUGCUCGCUUCCCGCCUUCUUCGACUUCAUUUCCGUCCUCCUUCCCUAAACAACACCCAUGGCUAGAUUCUAAUGGUGGACUUACUUGAUUCCUUCAUCGCUGCCGUUUGCACGAUCAUUUCCAACCUCAUACAUGCUUUGCGGGCAAUAGUAGACGCUGACCCUGCUGACUUGGGAUCACAGAGUGCCCGUCCACAGGACUUCAUGGAGGAGUGGAGCCCCAGGCGACUGGACGUCAACCAGCUAAAGGAGAAGUUUCUGAGGGCCCUGCAGGAAAACAAUGCCCAGGAGGUCCUGCAGAUCCUGCACACCGGCAAACUUGAUAUUGACACGGUGCUGGAGGUGGAUGAUCCCAACAUGGUCUUGGCCUCAUAUAAGCAGGGAUACUGGCUGCCCGAACACAAGUUGGAGAAAUCCUGGGCCAUGGGCAUUCACGUAUGCGCGAUGUACGACGCCGUGGAAACGGCGCUGGUGCUCCUGCAGAACGGCGCGUGCGUCAACCGGACGCCCAACGGGAAGACGCCGCUGCACGUGGCCUGCGAGGUCUCCAGCAGCGACUGCGUGGCGCUGCUGCUGGCUUACGGCGCGAAGGUCGACAGCCUGUCGCUGAGCGGCCACACUCCUCUGCACUACUGCAUCACCGGGGAGUCCCUGGGGUGUGCCGAGCAGCUCAUCCUCAAAGGGGCGAAGGUCAACGCGGCCAGCCAGGACAACAAGGAGGACACGCCGUUGCACACGGCCGCCAGGUUUGGGGUUCCAGAACUGGUAGCGCUGCUUUUGGCCCACGGAGCAUCGGUCGACGCCCGAAACGCUCUCCAGGAGACCCCCUUAAUGACGGCAGCCUUCUGGGCUUUUGACUCCAAGGAGCAGGUCUACAGCCAAGAUCACCAUUUUGUUUGCCGCCUUCUGCUGGACCACCGGGCGGACCCCAACCUGAAGGAGGACGACAAUAAGACGGCUCUGCACAAGGCCGCCUGGAACUGCGACCACGUCCUGAUGCGGAUGCUGCUGGAGGCCGGAGCCGACGCGCGAGCCAUGGACAUCAACGGCUGUGCCCCCGUUCAGUACCUCCUCAAAGUGACCGGAGUCAGGCCCACGGCCGCUCCGGAGCUCUGCUUCCAGCUGCUGCUCAACCACAACGCGCCGCGGAUCUACCAGCCGCAGUUCCACAAGGUUUUGCAGGCGUGCUAUGACUACCCCAGAGUCAUAGAGCUGCUGGUGAACUCUUAUGAACAUUUAAAGCCUACGAGAAAUUGGAGAGCGGCUAUCCCCGAUGACUGCUACGAGCGACACAAACACUUCUACGACUCCCUGUUUGCUGUCUGCACCGACUCGCCGCGCAGCCUGCUUCACCUCGCCAGAUGUGCCGUCAGAGCCAGCCUGCGAGGGUUUUGCCACAGAGCCGUUCAGCUACCUCUGCCGUCGGCCAUGAAAAACUAUUUACUGUUAGAGCCUGAGGGGAUGCUGUACUGACGAAGAGACUUUUUUUAUAAUCUUUAGCUGUGCUCCUGGGACAACAGUUGUAGUUUAAAUGAGGUGGGACAUGAAGAUGGAGAAUGUAUAUAAGUCAUAUAAUGUUUUUGUCUCCAAUUGUAGAGAAUCCUCUCAAUGCAAAUAAGGAACUAAAACUAUAAUUUUCUUGAAAUGGGUGCAUUUGUCCUUGAUUUGAGACGUUUAAAAGAUCUGCCAAUGGAUUAAGAUUUUUGAACUAAAAAAAUCUCCAUCUUAUUUUAAGUGCCGGAUAUCUAAUCAUCUUAUUUUGGGGGUAAAAAUACUCAUUCCAUUGUCAGAUAACCUUAUUUACCUGCU